AUGGAAUAAGAAAGACAAUAUAUCUAAAAUUAAUUUAAAAACGAUAAAAAUAAUUUAAUAAAUUAAAUAAAUUUUAAUAAUGAAAAUAUAAAGCUAGACGAUAAAUAAAUUAAACUUUUAAAAGAAAAAAAAAACAUUACAAGAGAUAUGCUUAAACAGCAUUAUUUAUAAGAAUUAAAAAAAAAUAAAGGAUUAUAAAAUACUUCAAUGGUAUGGAUAACUAAAGCUCUUCUAAACAUAAAUGAAGAUGUGAAUUAAUCUGAAAUAUUUCCUUCAAUUAUUGACUAGUAAUCAGUUUCCUAUUUAAUUGAGUAUGCCUAAUCAGAAAUUAAUUACGAUGAAUUAACUUUUAUGUUAUAAAAAUAACAACUUCAAAAUAUCUCUUCAAGUAAAUUAGAAGAAAAUAAUUUUGAUAAAAAUUAUUUAAAUACAUAAUAUUAAUAUAAUAUUAAUACAAUAAAAAAUAAAGUAUCAAAAUUAGCUUAAUAAACUGUUAAAAUAAAAAAUCCAUUACUUAUAUAGAGUUCAAAAACUUCGAUUCCUAAUUUGGUUUGGGAAGAUACAGAAAGUGCUUAGAAGUCAAGUAAUGA